AUGGCUCAUCGGAAUAGCAUUGGUCUGGGGAUCGUGCAGCGUAGCUGCUUUGAGCAGGUGCUGCUGCUGGUUCCCGCAGCCUUGGACGCUAUUGCGUCCUUGUCUGACUUCCGGGCGACGGAGGGUCGCGUGCGGCUGCUGCAGGUGGUGGACACGGAAUACACCGCGGACUCGGUGGAAUGGUGCCCGCUGGAAGGCCGCAGGCACUUGCUGGUCUGCGGCACCUACCAGCUGCGGAAGCCAGAGAGCAAGGUGUGUGGUGUCCUCCUGGCCAGUGGACUUGACCCUGACGAGCCUCCAAGCCGUUUAGGCCGUCUCUACUUGUAUCGUCUCAACGCAGACAGCUCUGCUUGCCCCCUGCUUGAGAUCCAAAGAAGAGAUACUUCUGCAAUCUUGGACAUGAAAUGGUGCCAUGUGCCGGUGGCCGGCCAUGCCCUCUUGGGUGUGGCAGAUGCUGGUGGGUCCAUAGAACUGCUCCGCUUGGUGGGAUCUGAGAAUGCGUACACACUGCAGCCGUUUUCCAGCUUUGCCCUGGAGAAGCAGUGUCUGGCCUUGUCUCUGGAUUGGUCCACUGGGAAAAUUGGAAGGGCCAGUGACCAGCCCUUGAGAAUCCUUAGCAGUGACUCCAAGGGGCAGCUCUACCUGCUAGAGGUGAAUGAGGAGGGGCCUGGGCUGCAGGAGGUGGCCAUGUGGCAAGCCCAUCACUUUGAGGCCUGGAUUGCGGCUUUCAAUUACUGGCAGACAGAAAUCGUUUAUUCAGGUGGGGACGAUGGUCUUCUGAAAGGCUGGGACACCAGGACACCUGGCACAUCUGUGUUCACUAGCAAGAGGCACUCCAUGGGUGUGUGCAGCAUCCGCAGCAGUCCCCAUCGGGAGAACAUCCUGGCCACGGGAAGCUACGACGAACACAUUCUACUGUGGGACACUCGGAACAUGAAGCAGCCUUUUGCAGACAUGUCCGUGGGGGGCGGAGUGUGGCGGCUCAAGUGGCAUCCUUUCCACCACCACCUGCUCCUGGCAGCGUGUAUGCACGGUGGCUUUAAGAUCUUCAACUGCCAAAAGGCAAUAGAGGAGAAGCAGGAAGCCUGCACAGUCUCUGCAUCCCACACAUUGCCCAACUCAUUGGUGUAUGGAGCCGACUGGUCCUGGCUGUACGUCCACAAUCCAUUACAGACCUGCCAGUCAUGCUGCUCAGGUUCCUCUCCCUGCAGCAACUCAGGAGCCAAAGAAGCACAUCUCUCAAACCUGAAGGCUGUGCACCAGUCACCAGCACCGUCUUACGAUCAUUUAGCAGAGAAUGAUGAAGAAGGUCAUACCAUACUUCAGAGCGGAAGCAAACCGAGGACUUCUGUCCAGGCACUCGCAGAGGACAUGAUGAAGAGUGACAGCCAGCUGCACACUGCAGGGACCAAGGUUUGUGACUCUGACCUCUAUCUGGAAGCAGCGAACUUUGACAUCAGCUUCCUAACUACUUGCUCCUUUUAUGAUCAUAUCCUUCACCUCUGGAAGUGGGAAAACAUCUGA